AUGUGCACUUUCCUAUUAAGCCUCACUUUUGACUGCAUAGAUAGAAUGGUCCUGUGAUUUAGAUGUUACUUUAUAGUUUUGUUCUUGCAAUGUGCUUUUUCUCGUUCCUUGGUUCUUAAACUUAGUUUCAUUCUUGUCUUUUGGAGUCUAAGUUUCUGAGCAAAACCAUCAAGAAACAUUGGAUUUGUUCAUUUUUCUUCAACAAUCAAAAGAAAGUAACACAAUGAACUUUGUAACAGUUUCUUCCAAAGGAACUUGGAGUCCUAUUAUGACUUCUGAUACAACCAUUCAAAGUUACUGGCUGAAUUGGAAGUUUUUUGUUUGUGUCAUAUUAAUCAUGCUUUCAACCAUCUUUUCAUCAUUACUUAUAUGGAAGUAUGAGGUUUUAGUUUUAUCAUGGAAGUCAAAAAGAAAUGAUGACAUAGAAAUCCAGAAACAAACAUCAUCAUCAUCAUCAAGUUUGUGUUUGUAUGAGGAUGAAACUUGGAAGCCUUGUCUUAAAGGAAUCCACCCUGCAUGGUUGUUAGCUUUUAGAGUUUUUGCAUUUAUUGUCCUGUUGGUUCUUCUCAUACUCAUUGCUACCACUGAUGGAGGAAGCGUUUUUUAUUAUUACACUCAGUGGACUUUUACUUCAGUUACGGUCUAUUUUGGGCUAGGAUGUUUGCUGUCCAUGCAUGGAUGUUACCAGCAUCAUAAAAAAGCCAGUGGUGAUAAGGUGAACAAUGUGGAUGGAGAUUCUGAGCAAGGAAUUGAUGAUACUUCUAUACUGCCUCAAAGUUUUAAUCCAUCUAGUCAUCAUAAAUCUCAACAAGAACAUAUUGUUCGCAAACAUGCAGGCAUUUGGGGUUAUAUCUUUCAAAUACUAUUCCAGAUUAAUGCAGGUGCGGUAAUGCUGACAGAUUGUGCAUUUUGGUUCAUAAUUGUUCCUUUUUUAACCAUCAAAGAUUACAAUAUAAAUUUACUGACUAUAAGUAUGCAUACCAUCAAUGCUGUUUUUCUGCUAGGAGAUACAGCUUUAAAUUGUCUGCACUUCCCUUGGUUUCGAAUAGGAUACUUUUGCCUAUGGACAGUCACAUAUGUCAUUUUUCAAUGGAUUGUUCAUGCUAUAGUUAAACUAUGGUGGCCAUAUACAUUUCUUGACUUGUCAUCCCACUAUGCUCCAUUAUGUUACUUGUCGAUGGCGUUACUGCAUAUUCCCUGCUAUGGUGUCUUCAUAUUGAUAAUGAAGCUCAAACACAAUGUGUUGUCAACGCGGUUUCCUCACUCAAAUCAAUGUGAAAGAUGAUUUUGGAAUUUGGCUAGUUUAUAUUUUCUUAACUUGAUUUUUAUGUAGAAAGAGGGGAUAUUUUUUUAAGAUGAGUAGUGAGAAGACAUAAAAUGCAGAAUUGUAAGUUUGUAGUAUUAAUUUAUGGGAUUUUUUACUAGGUAUAUCACAAAUUAUAUCAGAAUAUUUGAUUGUUUUAAAGAGAUUUAAAUGCAUUUGCUUAUGUGGAAAAUAUUAGAGAUGGGUGACCUUUAGUACUAAUGUUUUUCUUUUUUGUUGAAAGAGAAGACAGAUAAAUUUAAAUGCAACCUUUUACUCAGUCUUAUUGGAGGUUUUUGCAACCAAUAAACAUUGUACUGCAACUCAAAGAAUAUUUUUUAGUAAUAAAAAUUUAAAUGGAUCAACCUGGAUCAAAUUUGAGUUGCACUCCGACAAUCCCUUAAAACAUGAAUGAUUAUUUCCUACAACAUAAACGGCAUCCUCGUGGUAUGUGUUGUAGGCACUUUACCAAGAUAACUUUUGAUGGAAUAGAUUCAUUGUGAAACAAAUAAGUUAGAUUUUUGCAAUGACUAUUUCAAAGUCUAAUAAAGGAAUCAAUAUAUAGUGUUGUGUAUAAAGAAAUGAAUAGAAAGUCAAAAUGUGAAAACAUUGAAACAGGAAAAUAUGAGUGUUCAUUCAUGUUGUAUGAUUAUAUUUGGUGU